CGUCACAAAAGACGAGCCAGUGGAAGGAGUAGACGGGGCGGACGAUCGGCGUUCGUGCGAAAAAAUGUCCGGCUACCGGGAUUUAUCGUCUACGUGAACGGUACUCGCGGCGGAUCACACGCUAUACGCGCAGGCACCGGCACGACGGACAACAGCCGGAUUUCGGUCUCGCCGGCGGAAGCGACGGACGAGCAGCGACGAGGUGUGUGCGGUGCGUGCGGUGCGUUCGUCCUUCCUUGCUGCUCUCUUGCUUCUUUUCCCCCCCGGCACGUGCACACACGGGCGAGAAACACGGGGGCCCUUCUCCCCCCGUCCGUCGAUGAUCCGUCGGUGUCGGUGGUGCCUCGCGGCGACUAUGACGGUUCGAUCGCGCCGUUCGUAGUCGCGUGAAAACAAAAACGGGAGGCGAGACGAGGCCUCUCGGCUCGCAGCAGGUGCACCGCGUCGCUUCUACGUGGAUUGACGCUACGCAGAAUCACGCAGCCUCCAGUUAAGCGGGUUUGACGGGCGCGCCAGAGGAGCGAACGAACCCGGAGGCGCGAAGGAAACGGAGUCGCGUGGAAUCCAGACGAGAAUGGGGAUCUCCAAGGGGGAAUGAUAGGAUGCAAGAGGGUAAUACGGCCGUUGCGCUAGCGAUGGUGACCCCCGGAUACGACCAGGACCCUGCGAGUGGGGUCGCCGACUAUACAACUCAUCAGGAUCAGGCCCAGUUCGAGGCGGACAAGAGGGCCGUGUAUAAACAUCCGCUCUUCCCGCUGCUGGCGUUACUCUUUGAAAGAUGCGAGCAGGCGACCCAGAGCUCGGACAACUCCACGUCCGAAAGCUUCAACAUGGAUAUACAGGCUUUCGUCCAGCACCAAGAAAGAGACCGAAAGCCCUUCCUGAUCAAUGACCCCGAGAUUGACGGUUUGAUGAUCAAAGCGAUACAGGUGCUGCGCAUCCACCUACUGGAGCUGGAGAAGGUGCAGGAGCUGUGCAAGGACUUCUGCAACAGGUACAUUACGUGCCUGAAGGGCAAGAUGCAGAGCGAGAACCUAUUACGCAGCGACUACAGCCAUCACGGGCACGACAUGGGUCCGUCGAGUGGGAGCAACGGAAGCAGUCCGUUGCAGGUGCUGUCAUCUACAGGCAAUGAUGUUGAGUCGGGAGCUAACGGAUUCAGAGUGAGCCGUGGGGACGUCGUGGCGGAGAGCGACAGCGCGAAUCCGCACGCGCGGGAAGAGAGCAUUAAUCACGACCAACUGUCGUCGGUCCGACCGUCUUCCGCCGUCCAGCGCUCGGGCAAAUCCACUAGCCAGGACCACGACGAUCCGCUCUCACCGUCCACCGUACACGGAAGCACGCCUCUCUCGCAAAUCGGGGCGCAUCCAUGCGCCCCGGUUAACGACAUGUAUCUCGGCCAAGACAUUACAGUUGCAGGCUCGCCUUCUCCCGUGGCGAGCGAAGACGAGGAGGAGAGUGCUAGCAACGCGGCCUCGAAUCACUCUGGUAAUCACAGGAGUAAUCACGGUAGUGCUAGAAAGGGACGUCAGAAGCGGGGUGUCUUACCCAAACAGGCAACCAGUAUCAUGCGAACGUGGCUCUUUCAGCAUUUAGUACAUCCCUAUCCGACCGAAGAUGAGAAACGUCAGAUUGCCAGCCAGACAAAUUUAACACUGUUACAAGUGAACAAUUGGUUUAUCAAUGCCCGCCGACGGAUCCUGCAGCCCAUGCUGGACGGCGCGGGCACGGACGCGGCGUCGCGCGCGGGAAAACGUCACAAGGCCUCGAAACACGUCGCGCAGCAGCAGACGACACAGCAACAGCAAGCGGGCUGGCAGUCCGAAGAUUCGGCGAGUGAUUCAGGUUCUAGCGACGGUGAGGGAGGUGCCGCUAGAUCGAAAGACGGUAACGAUAGCGAUGAGGAUGAUCUUCACUGACCUCUGUCGAUCACCGAAACGUCAACCUCUUUACGGUACCUUCAAAUCCAGUUGCUCAUUACAGUAUUAAGGUAUUCGGGAAUAGAUAUCGCUUUAACUGUCAAAUACGUAAUUAAUCUUGUGAAAGUUAAGAAUACGUGGGUAGAGGUUAUCACGCUCUCUGAUCAUUCGAUACUUUGAUACCGUUCGUCAGCUACCCAAACCGUCUGCUUUUUUACGACAGCUGAUUAUAGAUUUUUAAUCUCGGCUCGUAUAUUUUAUCCACGUGUUAAUGGAUUCGAAAGCGCGAGAACUGAGAUUGAAUAGGUACUAGAAAGAGCAGCUUACUUAAGUACAUCUAACGUGAACGAAAAUACCAUACGUCUGCUACGAGAAAUGUUAUUUAUUUUUCGAUAACAAAUUUUUAAGUAAAUCGCGUACAAGUAGUGAAGAUAAAUCUGAGCUUUCUUUGGAAUUACACAAUUUUUUUUAACGUAGUUUUAAUUACAUCGCUUGUAACAAACGUACGUCCCUGAUGGUACUAUUAUUUAUGUGACGCCUAUAUAACGUAUGUAAAAGACAUAGUGUUUUAAUUUAAUCGCAUAUAUAUACACAUAUAAAUAUAUGUGUAUGUGUAUAUAUAUAUAUAUAUAUGUAUAUAUAUAUAUAUAUAUAUAUAUAUAUAUGAAGGCAUUAUAUUAUAACACUUCUUCGAACAAAGAUUUGUCACAAAAAGGAACAUUUUUAUGAUAGUUAUUCAUAUUUUUCAUCCUUUCAAUUGUACAUUAUUAAGCACCUAUCAUCCACGAAUUAUAUCGUACAAAUUUAUUUUUUGUAUAUUUUUGAUAUGGUUGCCGAUCAAUUUCUCGUAUAUAGUGACAUUUACCUAUUUCAUUAGGCGUACAAUAAAACGAAAUAGACAAAAUCAAUUUUUUCUGCUAGUUUUGCCAACAAUACUAUGUUAUUACUGCUAUUGUUACGAUUAAUAUUGUUACCCUGAUACCUACUACCAUUACCACUACUAUUGUUACUAUUACUCCUACUAUUAUUACUACUAUGCUACUUCUCUAGUAAUAGUAUCACUACUACUAUUGCUAUUCCUUCCAUUACCGCUAUUACUAUUACUAUACUACUAUUUCUACUAUCGUUAUCAAUAUUAUUACUGUUAACACUACCGCUCCUGCUACCGCUAAAGCUACUGCUACUACUACAAUUACUACUAUUACUACUAUUAUUACUACUACUGCUAUUAUUACUAUUUACUAAAUUACUACUACUAUUACUACUACCUAUUACUACUAAUACCUGUACUGCCCUUAUCACAAUAAUUGUCAUUUUUGUGUCACAACAAAAUAGCCGCAUAUUUUUUGUUUGCAGUUACAAUGCGUAUAAGCUUUUUUUUGAGGUGUUUAUGAAAUUUAUUAACCCGCUUUAUAAUUUAUAACUUGUAUAAGGUCAAUCCGAUAUGGACAGUGUGUGAGAAAUGGUAACGAUCAUUGCUGGUUAAAAGUUGCAAGCUAUUCGAUUGCGCAUUGUGUGGCACAUUUGUAAAAAAAGAUAAAAUGGACAAUUAAUUAAUUUCCAAAUUAGCUGGGAAUUAUAGUAUCAUAGCAUGCAAUAUUAAUUGUACUUUUCGUGCCAUUAAAGAGCGUGGUAACUUCCGCGUUUAGUCUUUGUUCAGCUCUGCAGUGUCGUGGCAUAGCGAAACGCUGUCCCUCCAUGAUAAUAAUAAUAAUAAUAAUAAUAUAACUAAUAAUGAUAAUAAUUAUUACGCUAUUGAUAAUGAUAAUAAUUAUAACUAUAAUUAUAUAAUAAUAAUAGUAAUAACAAUAACAGCAACAACAACAGCAGCAGCAACAACAAAACCACAAUACAAUGAUGAUAUAAUACUACUUUAAAUAUAUGAUGAUUAUAUUUUUAAACUCUAAGUGUCGUCCCUUGAGCGUGUACCGCACGUGUUGCAUGAUACUACUGUACAUAUUACAUGCGGAACUGUUAGUGAGACAGAGAGAGAGAGAGAGAGAACGGACAAAGCAGAGAACAAAUAUUACCAAGUAUGUUAAAGAAAAGCUAAAUACUUUUCUGGAAAAAAAAAUAAUUGGAUAUAUUCAACGAUACAUACGACAUUUUGAAAUAUUAAUGUUUAUGCACUAGAGCUGUCUACAUGUGAUCAUUACGUUUUACCAGCAAAAAUUGUUCUUAUCGCGUCGCUCUCUUCGACGGACAGAGGCUUGUUCAUUUCGAGCUUCCCAUGCGAGUAGUCCGGUAAAAGCUUUUGACGUCCGUUCGCGAAAAACUGGCUGUUCUCGCCGAUGCAUUCUCGUGUACAUACCGUUCUUCCUGAUGCACAUAUACGCGUGUAUAUUUAUGCUUUUUCCGACGCGCUAUCAUUUCCACGCGAUCCGUCCAUCGAGAUUUGAAUGGCUGAGACCGUCACUUACAUUGUUAGAUUCGAUGUAAAGUAACCGUAGCGUAAAUUAGUUGUUUCCAAGCGCUGUCAAUUUCGUAGGGAGCUGCGAUCUCGCUGUAACCAACAGGUCGCAGAAUGUAGAACUCUCGUUUCGCUCUUGAUUUGUCUCAGUUUCUUUCGCCGUUGUCGUCACUUUUCUCACGGAUACCACAGUUAUAACGAUAAGCUGACACUAGUCACUCGAUCGUAGGAGAAUGUGUCAUACAUAACGUAUAGCCUGUCGACGUGGUUGCCUUAUGUAGCCAGAUAUCGUUUCCACUGUACUUAUAAUUUUCGCGUUAUGUCGAUGUAUAUAGCCAAUUGACAGAGUGCUUCCAUUAGUAGCUUGUUCGACUUGUUCUUGUGAAACUUAUUAUUCCGUUUCUGAAUUUCUUCUUUUUUUUUUGUUUCUCAAAUACGCAAUACUCUUCGCUCAAUCGUCUAAUUGUAACGUAUUGAUUGUAACACUGUAAUCAUGCAGAAUACUUGAGUACGCGAUACGACUUGAGUAAAACGAUAUUAUCAGUUGCAGACAGCUGACAGUAUAGCUCCCGUGCACGGUGCUGCGGCAUCAGUCUGCUCAAAGUAAUAACGAUCGGCUGCAACAACGAUAAAGAUUAGAAAAAGAAAACAGAAAAUGAGAAACAUAACUCGGCGUUGCUCGACGCUGCCUUGAGAAGAGAGAGCAUUCUCAAAGAGAUCUGUGCUAUUCUCAACGAAAGUUUUUUAAGCAAUAACGCGCAAUCGCAAUCUAACGUGUAGAAGAAGUAUAAUCGCCCCUCUGGUAAUUAUCGCUUCGACGAGCCACCUCGUACGCGGGACUAUACUGUAUCCGAGAAAUAUAAAUGAACGUAGGAUAACGCUAGAUUAAGAGGUAGGUUGUAAGGCUGAACCACGUAUACGUAUGUGCUGCGGCACCAGACGACUGUGAUAAUUCGGUGGGCGGUGCCCAGCCUCCUACUUCAUCCUUGUAUACUAAAAAGAAUUAGUUAAAAGAAAGCGCAAACGAUUACCGAAGAGGUUGAACGUGUGUCGGGACGUGCGUUUUGCGAUAGAAGCGUUUCCGUCCAUAUGCACGUGUAUGGACAGUCGAGACGCGUAUAUGCACCUUGGCAUAUGUAUCUUUCAUCGGGCACUCUCGCCUUUUUUUCGCACGGGUGUCCGUGAUAUAAGAAGUUUAUUACGACGCGUGCAUGUGGACACUCUCUUUAUUCGAUAAGAAACGUAAACGUCUACUGCAUUAACGUCGAUGCGAGAAAAUUACCUACCGAGAAUUAGAUUAAAGAGAUAUAUAAAGGUAGAAAUGGGUCAGAUACUCAUAUACUUCCGGCGUAACAAAUAGUUUCGCGAUUAAAGGAGAAAGAUUUCUCUUAACAGACUCUAGAAGCUCAUGGUUCAAGCUUAGUUCAAGAAGCGACAUCCACUUUGUAUUUCGCAAAUAACACAUUAUUCCUCGUAAAUAUUUGUGUAUAAUUAUACGAUAAAAUGCAGAACGUUGUACACAAGUAUCUACGAAAAUUGACGUAAAAAUGACAUGUUCAUAGAAUUUUGUAAUUUUGUGCUUGCUUUGUUUCAAUCAAACCUCCAUAUUCCUAAUUCGUCUAGAUUAAAUGACAUUCCUAUUCUCUGGACGUGCCUCUUGGUCUCUGUCUUUAUUUCCACGGUAUACAAGAUGAAAAUGUCGUUUCUUUAACAUGCGCACAUUUUCAUGCUAUGCGUGCCUGGCAAAUGUAUAGUAGAGAAGCAGCGCAGAAAGAAUUGUUCAACUUACGGAUGUUGAGCUGGAUAAGAAUAUUCUGAUCCGUCUGAUUAUCUAAAAUAUAGAGCGAAAUUCGUUAUAUUUCUUAAAUAUGAAUCUUUUUUUUAAGGGGGGGGGGAAUGGCCCAUUUCUAACUUUGUCCAAAUUUCAAGUCGUAAAUGAGAAACAUAUUAUAUACUUAUAUGUAUACUAAAAAAAGAAAGCAUAGAUAUACAAAUUAAAUACUUCUUUCCCGUGUACAUCAACGCCCUGUUAAAUAAGUUGUUUAUCGAUAAUAAACGCCAUCACGCUUGCA